AUGAAGUUCACUCUCCCUCUUCUCGCUCUCCUGGCCGGCUUUGCCGCUGCUAAGAUUGACGGCUCGUCGGUAAACGACAUCGACAAUAACGAACUCGGCGAGGGUGCACCCAACCACUGCCCGGUCGGCAGGCCCUGCAGCAGCGAUAGACAAUGCGGCUCAUGCUCAUGCAAUGACUGGACCGGCAAGUGCACGGAAUAA